AUGCCGAGGAUGGAUGGAGAAGGCUACUGCUCCAUCGAAGCCGACUCUGUCUACGGCGCGGCGAUCGCCAUGCCGCAGAUUGCCAGAAGUUCAGGCUGGCCAGCCACCCUCACGAGCUUGACCAUCCGAAUCUACUUUUUCACCGUGCUGAACCUCCUAGUUCAGGGCUUCCUGCUUUCCAUGAUUGGCGAGGAGCAGCUCAUCAUGUACCCCUUCGCAGGGCAAAUGCAUCUCUGCGACUUUGGAGCUUCCGUAAAGGAAUGCCCCGACGCCCCGAACUGCAUCGGUCCAUCCGGCACGGUCUACUCCCCGCCGCGGCUCUACUCCUUUCCCAUCUGGAGCACCCGCGUCUUCGUGAGGGACAGCAUGAAGGCCAUCUUCCCAGAACACGCCGAGCAGAUCGAUGCGUCGGUCGACCCCGGAGAGUAUCGGAGCGCGUCGAAAGCGCAGCCCCUGGCGGUGGCCUUCGCCACCUGCUUUGCCAAGGGCUCGGCGUCCGACUCCAUUGCCCAGAAAGUCGUGGAACAGAAAGAAGAGAUGAGCUUGACGCGAAACUCCGCGUUCGCCUUCUUCAGCGGUGCAUACCUCGGCAUUGGGCAGCACUUUGUCUACAACGUCGCAUUUACCAGGCUCUUUGGCCCCGGUAUGGAACUCCGCGUGGGUGUGCAAAAAGUCCUGGCAGAUCUCUUCGUCCACGUGCCCUUCCUUUAUCUUCCACUCUACUACAUGUUCGAGGACACGGCCCUCGGCAUCGGCAACCCAGCCAGUGGGUUGAGGAGGUGGCGUGCAGAGUUGCCAGAUACCAUGAUGGCCUACUGCAAGAUCUUCCCAAUAUUCCACCUCUUCAACUUCACCGUGACCCCGCCGGAGCUCCGCAUUGCCGUGGUCGCCUGCGUCUCCUUCGUGUGGCUGGUUGUUCUCUCCUACCUGUCCCACUACAACGUCGAACAUGCCCCGGCUCCCGAGUGA